AAAAAUAGUAAUAGUAAUAAUAAAUAAAAAAUAAUAGCUCCUCUGCUUUCAAUGAACUCCCUUUAUCGAUAACAAUUACAGAAAUGAACGAACCUCAACGUACCCCUCAAUAACAACAGCAGCAGCAGCGGCAACAGUAGCAGCAGCAGCAGCGGCAGCAGCGGUAGCAGCAGCAGCAGCAGCUGCAAGAUAAACAAAAACAAGGAGAGUAAAGAGCAUCCCUUAACGCAACCCCCCAUAAAAAAAAAAACAAACACACAGGGGGGGAAAAAUGAACAAUCCCCUGUAUAACCUCACAACGGCACCACCUAUACCAUUGACAAACGCAAGAGGGAUCGCUUCAUAGAUGGACCUUCUCCUGGUUCCCCUCACCCCCCUCGCUUAGUCUUUUCCAUACAUAAACACAUACAUACACACAUAUAUAUAACAUAAGACCACAGCAAAAAAGCAUAUAUACACGCAUAUAUACACACUCGCUGUAUAGCAUUAAACAACACUACGUGCUGUUGGUUCCAUUGGCGGGUGAUUUUUCUCAUCACCACCAAUACCCUCUGAUUUGGGGGGUGAGGAAGGAGAACCGGGAGUUAAGAUACGAUGCUUGGGGUGCUAAAUUUCGAAUGUAUCCUGGAUGACCCCGACCAGGUGUACACUGCAGGUGAUAAGAUCAAAGGCAGCCUCAGUAUACACCUGAGGUCGCCGAUUGCCAUCACAGGUGUUACUAUUUACUUCAAAGGAGCAGCUCGGGCAAAAUGGUGUGAAUUAAUGGACAACGGUAGCAGGAGAACCGAAAUAGAGCAUGAUAAAGAAGAAAUAUACUUUGACGACCGAUUCUGCUUGUGGGGCAAAGAUGUUACUUGCGAACAAGAUAACCCAGUCGUUGAUGACAAAGGAGGUUGGGAAAGUUUGGAAAUUCUUGAAAAAGGAAGUCAUGUUUUCCCUUUCCUCUAUCGACUCCCACAUUCGUUACCAUGUUCUUUUGAGGGUCCUGAUACAUUUGUACGUUACACAGUGCAAGGCAAGAUAAGUGGCAGGGAUUACGAAGUCAAUACUAAGGAAAAACCUUUCAGCAUCUUCAAAGACUAUGAUCCUCAUUUAGAAAACAGUUGUGAAGGUGACGUAGACUCUGUGUACUCACCAAUUGAGGAUUAUACUGAGAAGAGCCUUGGUAAUGGCUGUUGUCAAACAGGCCAUGUUUCUUGUUCCCUAAUGCUCAAGAAACAGAUUUUUGUACCCGGUGAGAAUAUAAUUGCAACUAUAACUCUCCAAAAUAUAUCCUUCCGGAAAUGUGGAUCAUGUAAUAUGCAGUUGAAACAGAUUGUCCGAUGUAGUGAUUCCUGUCCAGUUGUUGUAAUUGUGGCAAGUUCCAAGUUGUGUGAAUCAAUUCGGCCUGGACAGAGCUGUCAUUGGCAAGGAUAUGAAUUUACUGUGCCUCCAACGUGUCCAUCCCGACUGGAUAUGUGCAAAAUCAUCAGCAUCAAAUAUUGUGUGGCGAUUGAUACAGCAUUUGAUGAUUUCAACCUUUAUGCUGCUGUUCCAAUUGUUAUAGCAACCAUUCCUGAAACAGGUACAGAAGUUGCAAAAUGGUCCUACAGAGGAAGCCAGAGCUCAAAAAAGGGUGCUUAUCAAGAGGCAGCGGAACUUCCCCACACAGAGUUUGCGCCGAAAUACAAGGUCUAUGACUACCUCCCGGGACAAACCAAUCGAGACACGACUAUGCUUAUUGAUCUGCCUCAUAGUCCGGGUCAGUCUAAAAGACAACACAGGAAAUCAAAUUUGGACAAUUCUGUAAUAUGCAAUGAUGAUGAUAAAGAGGAAACAUCAUUAAAGGCUGCUAAAACAUAAUGGAAUCCUUUCAGUUGGGGGUUUCUGAAUUAAUUCCAUUCAAAUCUUAUUCCGAAAAAUCAACCAUUGAAGAGAAGAGAGUAAAAUAAAACUGAUUUGUGUUCAUUUAUUUUUAUAAUCGAAAGUCAUCUGUUCAAACAUAACUACUCAAAUAAUUUCAAUAACUCAAUGAAAAUACAUAUAAAUUGAUUGAAUGUUAAAGAUUGAAGAGAAUAUAACAUUUUUUAAAGCAUUUUCAUUCAGUUUCCAUCAAAAAUAAACUAAUGUAUGAAGUAAGAAACAAAAACUUCACCAAAAAUUAUAAGAAAAAAACUAUAUAACAGUUGUCUAUAGGUCACUUCUAAAAAUUUGGAAUGGUUAAUGACCCACACUGGAACAUAAUGCCUAUAAAUGAUAGCAUGCAACACUGACAAAACAGAAAUUGCUUACAAGCUGGCAUUUAAUAAAGAAUUGUCGAAACAUAUUAAAUGAAAUUUGAUGACAGAUUUUGCCUAUGUCUGGCACACAAAUUAGAAAUUUCCUCAACAUCCAUUGUAUGAAACAGGAAUUGCAUGCAGUAAGUACACAAGACUGAAAUUGCCUUUAACUGGAAUAAAAUGGAGAAACUGCUACACAUGGCGAAGAAAAUUACCACGAAAAAUUGCUAUAAAGCUGAAAAAUGGCUAUGGAAAUUAAUGAGAAGACUGAUAUAUUUAAGGCUGUACUAUGAGAUUAAAACAUUCUUAAUAAGGAUAUUAUAACUCUUAUACUUCUAUUUAAUCAGUUAGAUUUUCACUUC